UUCCCCUUUUUUCUUCCUUCUUCUCCAGUAAUGGCCAUUUCUUUCCUCCACCGCUUCUCUCUCGAUCCCCAGCACUGCCGCUCCGCCGCUAAGUGGACAGCGCUAUUAACGCUAACCGCCGCCGUGACCUCCUUCGCUCCGGAGUUCAUUUUCACAAAUGCAACGUCGCUCCAUUCGUCCUUCUCCAGAUCGUGUGGCCGCGAUGGCUACAUCAGGAUCCCACUCGACCUUCCCGGCGAUGUUCUGUGCUUGCCGGCGAACAUGGUGAAUUGGUCCAGUUUUGAUUUCUUUGUACCUACGGUUUUUGCGGCUCUCGGAGUCGGCGUUUCGGCUUGUUUCGUUAGAUCCUUGGGAUUGUGAGAAGAAUCGUUAUAGA